AAAGCUCGCCUGUGGAACACAUCGCACCUUGUCUUGCACACAGAACAGGGAGCGAUAUCUUCUAUUUUAUAUACAACGGGGGAAAAAACCUAACAUUUACAUUGGAGAAUUUCUUAAGCAUGAACCGUUUUGUACUGAAUCUUAAUUGGUUGUUGGCUCCAUUUUGAUUUUUUUUUUAAAUCUAUUGGGACUUUGGAGAUCCGCAUACGCAAUUUUAUCGCUCCCAUUUCUCCUGCUCAUUCGACACCGAUGCAGUGAUUUUUUUUUUAUCAGAUGAAAGUCUGAAUCGAUGUGGAGGAAAUCAACCAAGUUCAUCGGCGAGGUUGACCUGUCAAUGGGCGCACAAUGGUCCUUUUCUCAAGAUUAUGGAUCAAUAUGUCAAAACGGAUGUGAAUUGAAGGUUUGUGAACACUGAGGGCCCUAGUCGGGCCUGCACGUUAACACUGCUAAGUGCACUUUGUCUACUUUUGAUUAGUGCUGACUUUAGGCCUACACAAUGACUUUUAACUAGACUUAAAUGACCCUGACAUUAAUGACCCUAUAUACCCCUAAUGAACUCUCUGCUGUACAGCACUACACAUGGCUGCAAUUUAUAGAUACUUUGAUGACUUGGCCCCACUGUAGCACACCUGGAUCCCACUGAAGGUUUUUUAAGCUAAACAGUAGCCUUAUUGUUUUUUUCGUAGACCAGUAUUCGGGCCUUAGCGACUCCAUUUAUUGUUCCGAUUUGUGUAUUUAGAUUUUGAAAAAGAGUCGGCCGUAAUGCAGGCCCUCUCCCUCUCUCAGUGAAUGAUGAGUAAAUUACCCCAAAUGCAUAGCAGUCAUGUAUGUCAUAGAGAGCUCUGUUACACUUUAGGAGCACAUCACUAAGAGAGCCGACUCAUUUUAGUUUUCGAUUAGUUCUAUUGUUAGUUCUAACUUCCUUUACUAUUCACAAUGAGCUUCUCAAUGCGGAACGGCGCACAUCUAAUCUGGAUAGGCUUGCUGGUUUGUUGCCUUGUCGACAUGGGGGCCAGCAUGGAGUUCACCGGCGCAGAAGGCCAGUGGGCAAGGUUUCCUAUGUGGAACGCCUGCUGUGAAAGCGAAAUGAGUUUCAACAUGAAGACCAAAAGCGCUCAUGGACUUUUAGUGUACUUUGACGACGAGGGAUUCUGUGACUUCUUGGAACUGCUCAUCCACAACGGAAGACUCAGUUUGCGGUUCUCCAUCUUCUGCGCCGAGCCGGCGACGGUGCUCUCCGAUACCGCCGUCAACGACAGCCGCUGGCAUGCUGUGACCUUGCGCAGGAAUUUCAAAAACACUACGUUAGUUGUGGACGAAGAGAUCAAGUGGGUGGAGGUUAAGUCAAAAAGGAGGGACAUGACGGUCUUCAGCCAUUUAUUCUUAGGAGGGAUACCUCCUGAACUGCGAUCUGUAGCAUUACGCCUCACAUCUUCAGCCAUCACAGAUCAGGUCCCCUACAAAGGAUGGAUAACCAAUCUGAGGGUGAACAGUUCUGAGCCGCCGCUUAUCGGUAGCGAGGGAAUCAACAGCGACAUUUGCGAAGACGACCACAUUUGCCUGAACGGAGGAGUCUGCAGCAUCGUCAACGACGAGCCCACUUGUGACUGCUCCGAAACGGGAUUCCAGGGAAAAGACUGCAGUGAAGAAGAGGCCUAUGUAGGAGGUCUUGCGCACCUGAUGAUGGGCGACCAAGGCAAACGAAAAGGUAUAUAAUGCUUCUUUCAUACUAUGUAAUAAUGUAGUUUAACUUGUCUCCAUGUAUAUUCCUGUACCUGUGGCUUUACACAUGCAUCUGUUUAUUUGUGUGUUUGUGGUACUGAAGUCACACUGAUUUUUCUGUGUCACUCCCUACAAAUAUGACGAGGGGCUGGAAGGUAGGUGAGAUGUCAUGGAAAUGCGUCAUUGUGCGAUGCGUCAACAAAUGUGACGUAGGGUUAGGAAGAAAAAUUGCACAUUUGAAUUAGUCUGCUACUGUUGUUUAGUGGUAUAGAAAAUCAAUGCACAGAAAAUGUAGAUGCGUUAUUUUUGGCAACAUACCA